UCUAACACCUUGCAAAACAUCAACUCAACUUCAGCCUGUCCUCACAAACUCGACUCCAACCACGCGCUGCAUUUUUUCGCUAGUUUGCCUUCACAAUGACAUCCACUUAUUCCACAAAUCACACCCCCAGCGUUCUCCGCACGCACAACUGGCGCACCCUACACAACUCAGCUUCCUACCUCCUCCCCCACCUCGACCAUCUCCAGUCAACCACCCCCAACAUCAAGAUCCUGGACAUUGGCUGCGGCCCCGGCAGCAUCACCAUUGACCUAGCCCGCCGCUAUCCAACCGCGCAAGUCACAGGCCUCGACUCCUUCGCCGACCCGCUUCCCGGCGCCCGACGCCUCGCCGCCGCCGAGGGUCUAACCAACGUCACCUUCGACGUCGGCGACAUCCACGCCCUCGAUUUUCCCGACAACACCUUCGACCUCGUCCACGUCCACCAGGUCCUGCAACACAUCGCCGACCCCGUCCAGGCCCUCCGCGAAAUGCGCCGCGUCACGAAGCCCAACGGCGGGUUCGUUGCCGCCCGCGAAUCCAGCAUCCACACCUGGUACCCUGCCAACCGCGGGAUCGAGCUCUGGGACCGUCUGACCCGCGAACUGGCGCAGCGGAGCGGGGGUAACCCGCAUCCCGGGGCGAGGAUCCACGUGUGGGCGGAGGAGGCGGGCUUUGCGCAGACGCAGAUUCGGAAGAGUACGGGGAGUUGGUGCUUUAGUUCGCAGGCGGAGCGGGAGUAUUGGGGUGGCUCAAUGGCGGAGCGGGCGCAGAACUCAGGGUUCGCGGACCGGGCUGUGCAGAGUCAGCUGGCGACGAGUGAGGAGUUGGAGACGGUGGUCGCGGGAUGGAGGGAGUUUGUAGGCUGUGAGCAGGGUUGGUAUGGGACGUUGCAUGGGGAGAUUGUUUGCUUUAAGUGAUUUGCUUGGGAUUGAAAGUGUACGCAGUUGGUACUAGAAGCGUGUGUACUUUUGACUCUCGCUAUGGUCCCAGCUGGGUUCAACAGUCUGGGAGAUAACUACUUUUAUUCUGAAGAAUGUUUGAGAGGUAUAGGUGGUUAUCGGUACAGAAUGAUUAGCC